CCAAGAACUCGACAGCUCCAUUUAUCUUCAACAAAUAAAGAAAUUAAACACCGUCCAACUCAACAAACAUUAAUCCAACAACUUUCAUCACUUCCAGGAAGCUGAAAGUAAGCAGUUUGUCUCAAUUUUUCUUAUGCUCUAAUCUAGUCAGACGCGCUAUAUAAAAUAGCAGAGUUUUAUUCACUAACAUCCGUUUGAACAAUUCAUGUUCCGACCAAUCAAACAAGCACUUAUUGAGAUUAUCCGUCCUCUUUGCAAGUGAUGAAACAAGCACUAAUACAACAACAAUGCCAUUUUCUCAACUGCUCAUCAUCAUUAUUGUUACAAUAGCUGGGAUUUGUUCUUUAUCCUCGUCGCAGCAGCAACCAAACACAGUGGAAUGUCCACUAGACUUCAAUGUACUCCGGAAACUAGCCCAAGGUUCUAGACCUUCAAACAACUCAGGCUCCGACCCUUGUCGGUUAAUUCUACAAGGCCUACAUCUAGUUCAAUCUGAGUACCUCCAACGCACAAACUCAUUCCUUCCACCAUCGUCGUCUUCUGAGUCCUGCUGGAACGAUUACCAAAAUCUAUUCGACCAGUCCUCCAACAGCUUGAAUAUUCAAAAAGACUGUGGCUUCGAAACAGAGUGGAUUUCUCAAGGCUGUGAAAACAUAACAACAAGAUCAGACUAUGAAAACAGAAACCUGAACUCUACUCUGAAAAAUGUUUUACAGGCUUGUGAUCAGCCGUUGCAGAUUAAUGGCGCGGCUUGUGCAACGUGUACUACAAGUAUUUCUACCUUGUUACCAGCUGAUGUGAGCAAGAAGGAGAGAGUAGGGGGGAAUGUUACAGAUUGUACUGCAUAUAGGUUCAUUUAUGCUGCUGCUUUCGCUAAUUCUUAUGGUCCUACUAAUAGAGGCACUGCUGGAUGUAUGUUUGCUCUUACUUUCAAUAGUUCUAAAUCAAAAAAGAAACAUGAAAGGAUUACUUUUAUUUCUUUGUUUUCGACGAUUGGCCUUUUGAUUUUGGUGGUUGUGGGAUUUGGUUGGUUUUGUUGGGUUAGGAGGAGAAAGAAGCAGCUGCAAAAGAGAGUUAGACAGGAGGAGAUUACUACAAAAUGGAGUCAUAUGAAUUCCUCUGCUCUUGAUUCAAUUACUAGUAGUACUAAUUUGAUCAAGUUUUCGUUUGAUGAAAUUCAGGAGGCAACCAAGAAUUUCUCAAGGUCGAAUAUAAUUGGGAGGGGAGGCUAUGGUAAUGUGUACAAAGGUGUUUUACCUGAUGGGACUGAAGUCGCGUUAAAGAGAUUCAAGAAUUGUUCUGAUGAUGGAGAUGCCAGCUUUGCUCAUGAAGUUGAGGUGAUUGCAAGCGUCCGCCAUGUGAAUUUAGUGGCACUAAGAGGGUAUUGUACAGCCACCACAAAUUUUGAAGGGCAUCAGAGGAUUAUUGUGUGUGAUUUGAUGAAGAAUGGGAGCUUGCAUGACCAUCUGUUUGAUUCGGAUGAAAAGAAGUUGAGUUGGCCUAUUCGACAAAAGAUUGCAGUUGGAACAGCCAGAGGACUGGCUUAUUUGCAUUAUGGAGCACAACCUACUAUAAUUCACAGGGAUAUUAAAGGUAGUAACAUCCUAUUGGAUGAUGACUUUGAGCCUAAAGUUGCAGAUUUUGGCCUAGCAAAGUUUGCACCCGAGGGAGUCACACACGUGAGCACUCGGGUUGCAGGAACAAUGGGCUAUGUUGCCCCAGAGUAUGCUUUGUAUGGGCAGCUGACUGAGAGAAGUGAUGUUUAUAGCUUUGGCAUUGUUCUUCUUGAGCUUAUAAGUGGGAAAAAAGCACUUCUUGAGGCCGAGGAGGACCAUCACACGCUUGUGGCAGAUUGGGCAUGGUCAUUGGUCAGGACAGGGAGACCGCUGGACGUGGUUGAGGAAGGUAUUCCAGAGUUAGGCCCUCCGGAUAUUCUUGAGAAGUAUGUGUUGUUAGCUGUGCUUUGUUCUCAUCCUCAGCUGUAUGCCAGGCCUACUAUGGACCAGGUUGUGAAGAUCCUGGAAUUGCAUUUGCCGGUUCCAGUGAUUCCAGAGAGGUCCAUUCCUAUUACUGCUGAUAUUGAUGAUAUAGAAAGAUCCAUUGGCAGCAUCAGCGCAGCUCAGUUGUCCACGUAUUCCGGUUAUCAGCCAUACAUUGAUAAUUCUGUGCCUUCCACCCCAAAGUUGUAGGGGCUGAUAGAAUGCAGGUUAGUGUUUUAAUUUUGAAAUGUAAGUAAGGGAAGUGCUGUUUCCUUGGACUUGUGCAAGAAGAAUCUUUAUAAGCCUCUUCGAGCUUUUUUGAUUCGAGUGGAAAUGUUACAAAUAAUUAGAAAUCA